GGAAGGUGACCGGCAUCAUGGCGGCCACGCCGCAGCUGCGGGACCGUCUGAACUUCCUGCACCGGCUCCCGGUUCUCCUGAAGGGGACGUCGGACGAUGACGUGCCGUGUCCGGGCUACCUGUUUGAGGAGAUUGCCAGGAUCUCCCACGAGUGCCUGGGCAGCAGCCAGUGCCUGCUGGAAUACCUCCUGUGCCGCCUGCAGAGCGGCUCCGGGCGCGUGAAGCUCAAGGUGCUGAAGAUCAUGCUCCACCUGUGCGGGCACGGCUCUCCCUCCUUCCUGCUCAUCCUCAAGCGCAACCCCGCCUUCAUCCAGGAGGCCGCAGUGUUCACGGGACCCCCGGACCCUCUCCACGGGAACAGCUUGUACCAGAAAGUGCGGGCGGCCGCCCAGGACUUGGAGAGCGCCCUGUUCUCGGACACCUUGUCCCCUCCUCCUCCCUCCCAGCCUCGCAGGACCCUGCCUCCCGCAGGCAUGGGCUCCCAGUCCAGGCCCCAGAGCGCCCUCCAGGGCUUCGGCUACAGCAAGGACCAGGGCCACACCGGCUCUACGGGGGAAGCCUUCCUCUCCACCAUCCAGAAGGCCGCAGAGGUGGUGGCCAAUGCGGUGCGCCCAGGGCCUGAGGGCCCUGGCACCCAGGGGGCCCCGCCGCGGGGUGACGCCUACCAGCCUGCUGUGCCGCCCUCAGCCAGCCACAGCCAGCACGCCCCUGGGAACACGCUCCUGGGGGCCCGAGCUGUGAGACACCAGCCCGGACAGGCCGGCGGGGGCUGGGACGAGCAGGGCGGCGGACCCGGCUCUCAGGGCUCUUCCCAGGAGGGCGGCCGGAGCGAGGGCUCGGGCUCGGGCAGUAGGUCAGGCAGCGACAGCCCCUCGGGAGCCAGCCGGGCACCCAGUGACCUGGCCGAGAGGGUCGAGGCCAUGACCCUGAGCGACUGCCAGCAGGAGCUGAGGCUGGUCCAGAUGGUGACACAGGGGCCGCGCGCCUUCCUGAGCCAAGAGGAGGCACAGCGCUUCGUCAAAGAGUGCGGGCUGCUCAACUGCGAGGCCGUGCUGGAGCUGUUGACGCGCCACCUGGGCGGGACCGGCGAGUGCGUGCAGAUGAGAGCCCUGGGUGCCAUCGCCUCGCUGGGCUGCACAGACCUUCUGUCUCCGGAGCACAUCCUGCUCCUCGCCCGGCCGCGCCUGCAGGAGCUCAGCGCGGGACGCCCCGGACCCGUGACCCACAAGGCCACCAAGAUCCUGAGGCAUCUCGAAGCCUCCUGCCGACAGCGGCCUCCUGCGCGGAGGCCCCUGCCCGAGCCCAGCCCCGAGGCCACCAGCUGCGGGGGCCCCUCGGACCUGCUGACCGACGCGGUGCCUUUCCCGGGAGGCCAGGCGUUUCUCCAGCCGCUGAGUUCAACCCUGUGGUCGCCCAAGGACCCUACAGCCCCUCGUCCCCUGGAUGGGUCCCCCCUUCCAGCCCUCGGGGACACCACGGAAGUCGAGACCAGACUGGCAGGUGCCGCAGACCCGGAGGCCAGGCCUGAGCAGGGCCUGUCACACGCGCGCACCCCACCUGGAGGGCCGGAGCACAGUCGGGGCCCCCACGGCUGCCCAUGGAGCCCGGGGGCCAGUGACAGCCACAGCUCCUUGUUUGCCGGCAUGGAGCUGGUGGCCUGCCCCCGCCUGGUGGCAGCUGGGACUGCGGAGGAGGAUCCCCCACGGCCCCCUGGGACGUUGUCGCAGAGGGUGGCGGCCAAAAAGCCCCCCGGCUCAGAGCUGUCAGCUUUUGCAUUCUUAAACUCCUGACCUCGUGGGCCUGGGCUGCACAUGGCGUGCCCCCCCGCCCGUGACUCCCAGGACCCCGCAGCUCCAUCCGUCCCCUCUGCCCUCAGCGCCGGUGUCUGCGGUUGGCCUCUCCGCGCCACUCGCUCCAAGGCCUGGGCAGGGAGCCGCCCGGCCCGGGGAGCUCCACGUGGACGGACGCUGUCCGGGAACGUGAGCAGGAGCCCGUGGGCUGCCCAGAGCCCGACGGCCCUUCUUGGACGCGUGGCGGCACCAGCAGCUCCCCGCGGGGGCGCCACGUGCCCAGAUUGGCUGGUUUUCGGCAGCAUCAGAAGCUGAGCUCUUGUCCAGAUGGGUCGCCGGUGGGGCCUGCUCGGCCUCCUGCCUCACAGUCGUCUGCUCUGACGACAGGAGCACGUGGCCUGUUUGGUCCCACCUGUGAAUCUGUCAGGCCCCUCAGUGGGGCAGAAGGGGUCCCGUGGCCUCCCUGGAGGGGUCAGGACAGGAGGGAGGCCUGGUGAUCGAGCUCAGAGACCGGACGCCCCCUGAGCUGCCUGGAGUUCGCAGGCAGAGUGCAGGGUGGCACCCAGCUCCUCCCAUGGCAGCGGGUGUUGG